AUGACACUGGCACGCUGGUCACUACGACGGAACAACGGUGCUAAUACAGACUACCGCAAGACAUGCAGGAACCGCGCCGCCUCUGUUAGACAAUUCCCCUCAAUUUUCUUCUCCAAGUUUGCUGCCGAAAACCCCCCUUCCACACGGCAAACAGCGCCGCACCCCGGCCACUCCGAACUCUCUCCCCCGCUCCUUAUGGUUCCCCUGUCAAGCCUGCUACCGCGAGGAUCAUCCAUGGGGCGAUGCAACCGUCAAAGGUGGGGGUAA